AUGGAUGGAUCUCAAAGAGGGGAAUCAGAUGAUAUUGAAGCUGUUCUGAGAUUUCCACUUCGUGGGAAGAUAAAAGCGAGCGACGGUGCCGUCCCUUCACUCAUGCUACUUCUGUUGCUUCAAAGAGGAGGAGGGCAUGCAUACUAUACGAGAGAGCUUCAUGUAAAUUCGUCUGCACACGUCUUUGCUCCUCAGUUAUUCAGUGUAGGAGAACACUCUCCAAGAGAUAUCGAUGAGUACUUUUUCAUGAAGAUGGAAUUCCACACAUCAUCUUUGAUCAGUGCGCUUUAUUGUUCGAUUAUUAAUUUAUAA